CUCAGGGCGACACCAGGCGACGCCCUGUGGCGACGCUGAACCGUCCGUGUGAAUUGUGAAUUACACCUGAUUCUUUUAAUAUUCGGAUUGGUUUUAACCUUAAAAUUGUUAUUCGGUUUAGGCGAGUGAAAGAGAUUUAUCGCGUAGUAUUUCCAGAGAAUGACAACAGCCAGCGGAGCGGCCAGCAUUUCGGGCUCGUCGUUGCCGAAAUGGCAACUUGCGUUGGCCGUCGGUGCACCGGUCGCUCUCGGCCUUGGCUAUAUGUACUAUAAGAACAGUUUGAAGCCGGUCCCGAGACGUCGAGGAGGGUCAAAAGGUGGAGCCGGCAAGGAAAACGGCACCUCAAAAGACGUGGAACAAUCGAUUGACAGUGACAAUCUCUCUCCAACAGUUUCGGAUUGCGAGACGAAAAAUGAGUUCAAAAAAAUAUUUCCUGCACAAACUCCAUUGGAAAAGGCAACACAGUACAAGAAUGAAGGAAACAGUUACUUCAAAUCUGGAAAAUACGACGAAGCAAUUCUAUCUUAUAACAAGGCCAUUGAAACCUGUCCGAAAGAAAAUACCAUGGAUCUAGCAACAUUUUACCAAAACAGAGCGGCAGCUUAUGACCAGUUGAGAAAAUACAGCGCAGUCAAAGCAGACUGUACAAAAGCAUUGGAAUUAAAUCCUCGAUAUGUAAAAGCGCUGCAACGCAGAGCACGAGCUCUCGAACACAGUAAGGAGCUAGUGUCUGUUCUGGAAGAUGUUACAGCUGCUUGCAUCCUUGAACAAUUUUCUAAUCAAUCAACGCUUGUGAUGGCUGACAGAAUUCUGAAACAGCUUGGCAAGCAACAUGCAAAGGAACACAUGGCAAAUAGAAAAUCAGUUAUGCCGAGUAAGCACUUCAUCAAAACAUACUUCAGUGCUUUCAGUAAGGACCCAAUUCUGACUAAACUUGACGAACCUGAAAUCGCUGAGCCUACUACAGGCUAUGCUAAAGCCAAGCAGACAAUCAGGGAAGAGAAAUAUGACGAUGUGAUAUCUUACUGUACUGAGGAAAUUGAACAUCCUGAUUUUGUACCAGAAUCUUGUAUGGAGGUAUACCUUCUUCGCGCUACGUUCUAUCUAUUAUUAGGACAUCACGAGGACGCUAGUGCAGAUCUUGCGAAAAUCAUAGACAGCAAUAGUACGAAUGACGAACUGAAAGUGAAUGCUUUGAUAAAAAGGGCCAGUAUGUACAUGCAAUUAGAGGACCCUGAAAAGUGUUUCCUUGAUUUUGAAAGAGCGAUCGAGAUUGACCCAAAAUGUGGAGAUAUUUACCAUCACAGGGGACAGGUGAAUCUGCUUUUGGAAAAAAUAAAUGAUGCUAAAGACGAUUUCCAAAAAGCAGUGGAUCUUAAUCCUGAUUUUGACAUUGCGUUUGUUCAAAAAUGUUAUACGGAUUAUCGGCAUGCUGUGGUGUCAAAGGACAUGAACAAGGUAACUGACGUCAUGACGGAAUUUAAACGGGCAUUUGAGAAAUUUCCGGACUGUGCAGAAUGCUACACACUCUACGCACAGAUCUUAUGUGACGCGCAAGAUUACGCUAAGGCAGAUUCUUAUUUUGCUAAAGCAAUUGAAAGAGAUCCAAAUAAUGCCAACAUUCACGUACACAGGGGGUUAUUGCACUUACAAUGGAAUGGAAACAUCAAUAAGGCGAUCGAGUAUAUCAACAAAGCAUUGAAAUUGGAUGAUAAAUGUGAAUUCGGUUACGAGACAUUGGGAACCAUUGAAGUACAAAGAGGUAAUCUUAAAGAGGCGAUUGAACUUUUUGAUAAAGCGUUGGCACUAGGUCGCACAGAGAUGGAGUUGACACACAUCUUCAGUCUGAAGGAUGCUGCAAAGACUCAAUUAACAGUGACUGAACGAUUAGGCUUAUCUAGUUUACUCGAAAUACCAACGCCUGGUAAUUGAUAGAAAUCAACACUGUAUCAUAUGGAAAAAGGAGCCCACUUGUUGGAGGUGAUCGAAUACUAAGGUUACAAUCAUUGGUUGGUACAGGUGAAAUCGAGUAUGUUUUGUGAAUUUUAAGUAAAAAUAUGGGCAAUUUAAAUCAGGAAGUAAAAUAAUGAUCAAUUCAUGAAUUACUUUUAUACUACCCUUUGUAAUAUACUUUAUUCUAUUGGUUGGAAAUAGCAAUACAAAAUAAAAAUCCCUCAUUAAUGUUAUUGGCAAUGAAACGUAAUCUGA